UCACGUGUUGAUUCCCGGAUCAUACCAUUGCUACAGACUCCAUAUUGGUGAAACUAAAAUUGUAAGGCCGUAAAUCCGUUGCCAUCCUCUAAAAGAAGAGGAACAAUGGAUAGUUUAUACGGCAUAAACGUUAAAAACAAAUUUGAACUGUUUAUAGACGAGGAUGUUGAUCCUUUAGAUAUAAUUGCUCAGCAGGAAUCUGCGAAGAAAGAGCAAGACAAGAAGAAGAAAGAUGACAAGACUAAGAAAAAUAAGAAUGCCAAAAAGUCCGUUUUGAAGACGGAAAAUAAGAACAAACCUGUGGAGGAAAUCAAACCUGUAAAGGAAGAAAAGGUAAAUGCUCCUCGACAACAGUCUGAAAGACCUAGAACUGGUCGACAGAACAGAGAUAAUCGGGAACCUAGGGAAGACAAUAGACCGCCAAGGAGAAGAGAUGAGAAUUUUAAUCCUGAAAACAGAGAAAGAACGGAGAGACCUUCUGGUGGCUUCAAUACUGAAAGGUCAGAAGGUGGUGGUGGUGGAUUUGGCCGUGAAUCCGGACCAAGGGGAGAGGGAGGCUUUAAUCGGGGACGUGGUCGAGGAGGAAGGAUGGGUCGUGGUGCAGGCAGAGGGGAUCGUGGUGGCCGUGGAGGAUUUGGCGGCAAACGGGAGUUUGAACGCCACAGUGGAAGUGACAGAACCAGUGGUGUAAAGGCAACUGAGAAACGGGAAGGCUCUGGAGCACAUAAUUGGGGUACUGUGAAAGAUGAUAUCGACCUGCCUCCGAAGGUGGACUACUGGAGGGAUCCCAAGGAACAGAUGAAAGAUGUGCAGGAGGAACCACAGGAAUGGACCCCACAGGCUGAAGAUACUGAGAACAAGGAUCCAAAUGAAAGCACUGAAUCUGCCACUGUUGAGGAACCCGAAGAUGAGGGGCCAAAGCAGCUGACUCUGGAAGAAUGGAAAAAAAUGGAAGAUGCCAAACGUAUGAAAUCCGAAUUUAAAUUGAGAAAGGCGAACGAGGGCGUAGACACGUCGCAGUGGAAGAGUGCACGUGUGUAUCGCAAGAGCGAAGGCGAUGAAGAGAGCGAGGAAGAGGAGGAGUCUGAAGAAGAGGAAGAUGAGGAUGAGAUCAGACAAAAGAAGCUUGUCAAUGAAAUUAGAAUCACAUUUAAUGAUUCACCAAGAAGAGGCCGUGGUGGUCGCAGACCUAGAGGUCCACGUGGUGGAAGAACAGGUGGCAGAGGAGGCGACAGGAGGUCAGCCAACGCUGCGCCGAAGUUUGAUGACGAGAAUGACUUCCCGUCGUUGAUAAAAUCUGCGGCAUAAAUAACACAAGCCCAAUAAAAGGGCUUGACACAUAACAGACUUGCGUUUUGAUAUCUCUCGUCUUAAAUCAUGGUUAAAUUAUGUUCAUUCUUGUAAUACCCAUUACACACACAUGUAUAUGACUUUUCAUCUGCAUUAUUUUAUAGGGAGCGGACAAAGAAUGUGAUUUUUUCGUAAAAUGUGAUAAAUGGAGGUGUGCAAAAGAUCUCUUGAUAUUGAAGAUUUGUGGGAGAAAAAAAGGAUACUGAAGUCCUUUGAAAGGUCUCUAUGAGAUUUUAAUGGUUUUAGGCAGCUGUUGUGAAGCUAUCACAGUAUAGGAUAGAUAAAGGAGUAUUCUCCAAAGAUUUUGUUCAAAAGUGAUGGAAUUUUUGUACUAAUGUGCAUUCUUUAAUGCUGUUCAUUGAAGAUACAAAAUUAUUAAAUUCCCUAAGUGGCAUACAUUAUGUGCUAGUUAUUUUAUGCUGUGCUAAUGUAUAUUUGUUGACAAAUCCUUAUUUAUAAAAUACCUCUGUAGGCUGCUGACGGAAUAUGCAUGUUUCCAGGGUACUUUGAAUCCUGAGGGGGGACGGUUCAUUGUUUGUAUUAACCAUCGUCAACCAUGUGCGAGAUAUUCAGCGCAAAUAAUUUUGUUAUUUAAUAAAUACAGAUAAAACAUAUAAAAAAUUGAA